AUGCGGGUCCUUGUAGAGAACUCAGUCAAGAAGCCCAGCUGCGACGCUCAUCAGAAUGCAAACAUCCCUCUUCACGCCCUCUGCGAAACAACAAAGAACGCUCAAAGCACAUCCAAGCGACGGCCCAAGAAAUAUCGUGCGGUCGAACGCUCCGACGGUGUCAUUGUUGAACGUCCUCGAUAUCGCCCUGCAGCUUCACAACAAAAAGCAGUGUCGCAGUCGCAUCCGGAGAGGGCUUUCCUGCAUGAACAUACCUUUUCAUCCAAAGAGAUCAAAGACGGGACGUCCAGCAGAAUGACGUAUGACCUCCUGGGCGUUGGGUGUUCCAGGGGCAAUACGAUGCAUGUAGGGCAUUGCGAGACUACAAGGAUAGGAAGGGAAGGCUUCUAUGGAGCGGAACAUCGCCAGUGGACGAUUGUUGGGAUUGAAAUGUAUACCUCUGAACGACGGAGUUUUGUCGAAUCAAACCCAAUUGAUCGGUUUCUUCACGAAUCAGGGCCUUGGAGCUCAUGUUCUCAAAGAGGGGAGGAGACGUGUUUUGAGUGA